CGCUCGCCGGCUUUUACUUCCAGCCGUGGGGUUGUGUGUGCCGUUUCGCGCUUACCCCUGCGUUCUCUCGAGGCCCCGCCCUCCUUUGCUCCGGCAGCUCCGAAAGUGCGGGCCUCGGAUUCGGCGGCUCGGGCGCUGAGGGGCCCCGGUCGGCGGUGUGCGCAGGCGCGAGCGUGCGGGGCGCGCGGCGCGCGGUUGAAGCCGGAGUGAGUUCCUGGGCGCGGAGACCCGGCGGCUGGCGGGCGAGCGACUGCUUCCCCCGCAGCCAUGGCAGCCUUGCGCUACGCGGGCCUGGACGACACCGACAGCGAGGACGAGCUGCCCCCGGGCUGGGAGCAGAGGACCACCAAGGACGGCUGGGUUUACUAUGCCAAUCACACGGAAGAGAAGACCCAGUGGGAACAUCCGAAGACUGGGAAAAGAAGGCGAAUCGCGGGAGAUUUGCCCUACGGAUGGGAACAAGAAACCGAUGAGAAUGGACAAGUGUUUUUUGUCGACCACAUAAACAAAAGAACCACCUACUUGGACCCAAGACUGGCGUUUACUGUGGACGACAAUCCCACGAAGCCGACCACCAGACAGAGAUACGACGGCAGCACCACGGCCAUGGAGAUCCUCCAGGGCCGCGACCUCAGCGGCAAAGUGGUCGUGGUGACCGGGGCGAACUCGGGGAUCGGGUUUGAAACUGCCAAAUCUUUCGCCCUCCAUGGCGCACACGUGAUCCUGGCCUGCAGGAACAUGACGCGAGCCAAUGAAGCCGUGUCCCGCAUUCUAGGAGAAUGGCACAAAGCCAAGGUAGAAGCAAUGACCCUGGACCUCGCUCUGCUCCGUAGCGUGCAGCAUUUUGCUCAAGCGUUCAAGGCCAAGAAUGUGUCUCUUCACGUGCUUGUGUGCAAUGCAGCUGUGUUUGGGCUCCCCUGGACCCUCACCAAGGAUGGCCUGGAGACCACCUUCCAGGUGAACCACCUGGGCCACUUCUACCUCGUCCAGCUCCUGCAGGACGUCCUGUGCCGCUCAGCCCCUGCCCGGGUCGUCGUGGUCUCCUCGGAGUCCCAUAGAUUUACAGAUAUUAACGAUUCCUCGGGAAAACUAGACUUUAGCCGCCUUUCUCCAUCGAAAAACGACUACUGGGCCAUGCUGGCCUACAACCGGUCCAAACUGUGCAACAUCCUCUUCUCCAACGAGCUCCACCGCCGCCUGUCCCCCCGUGGGGUCACGUCGAAUGCGGUGCACCCCGGGAAUAUGAUGUACUCCUCCCUUCACCGUGGCUGGUGGGCAUACACGCUGCUCUUCACCUUGGCGAGGCCCUUCACCAAGUCCAUGGGAAAUUUUGAUUUGGAAAGAAGAACUAACGUGCCCAAGACCAUCCGUCUUUGACUUGUAGAGGCUUACUUUCAGACUCAACAUUCGUGUCUACAGUUCAUGCUAGCCCUUUCUACUGUAUACGACAUUGCAAUCCUUGAUACUCUCAAUGAGAACUCCCGCCUCCUUUAAAAAACAAACAACAAAAAAAACACCCUGAAUUAUAUUAUCCCAGGAUUCCACAGCAUCCGAAUUUGAAAAUCCCUACUAAAUCAUGAGAUGAUCUAGCUCUUUGACAAUGGCAGAGCAGAGUGAGUAUUCAAUUUUUAAAUUUAUAUAAUAUUUCAGAGAAGCCAACAAAAUGGAGCCUUGCCCUCUGAUAAGAACUUAAAAAAAAAAAAAAUCCAGUGAGUCUCUCUCAGAGUUUUAUCAUCAUCCCAUUCAUAAUUGAUUCCAAACUUGCAUGAAUCUUUCAAGAUAAGUGUCUUAUUGAUUAUCCUGAAAACACGCGAUCACUUGGCAUCCUGAAACUCGCUCAGCGCCCUGCCCUGAUUACCGUAAACAGAGCCGUUGAUCAGAAGGCCUGUCGUUCUCUUUGGCAGUGAACCCAUCAGGCAUUCAGAGGCCUCGGCGCAGAGAGCAGAAUGAGCAGAGCAGGCCAGACAGCAGGGCGCUCGGUCGCGGCCCUGCCCUGUCUUUGAGGAGCUGGAGCCAGGUGUUCUGGGCUAGCCGGUGCCGUCUUGGACUGUCCCGUGCUCCUUGCACCAGGACUCCUUCCUGGGAAAUGUACAGAGGGCCCCAGUGAGUGCCAGUUCAUUGCUGUCAGGAAACGUUAGGUCUCUUAAGUGAUAUCUGUUUUUUCUCCGCACGUUUACUGGUGGUUGUGUAAAUCAAGUGGGCCUCCCUCUUGGAAACGAGGAGUGUUUACAGGGGACUUAACCUCAUCUUUUGUAGCCGUGGCAAUUAGCUAGAAUAGUCCCAUGACCCCUCAGUGGCAGUCGGCAUUGGGUCUGUUUCCCGUGUGGCCCCGACUGCAUUGCUGCGGGCAGGCCUGGCACACUGCAGGGAGGGUCAGUGAUGGUGGGGCGUGGGGCCAGGUUUUCCCUGGGGGGGCUCUUCUGCUCCAGCUGAAGCCCUUGAAACCCUCUCCAGGUGAUGAAAGCCCUCAACACGAUGGGCUGUAGGACUGGGCAAACAGGAGACCUGACUCCUGGUUUUCGACGCAGAUGAUGAAGAUUCAGGCCGUUGCCUUAAAUCGGCAGCUGGAUUUCCUGAGACUGCUGCUGAUGAACUGCUUAGUUGCUGUCCUGGGGACGUGAUGGGGCCUCUCUACUCCAAAGGGCCCGGCUGUCAGGAAGCGCUGGCUCAGCAGCAAAACCCACCCUCUCGCAGAAAUGGCUUCGUGACUCGCUUGAAGCAGGUCCUGAACAGGAGCGAGGCUUCUACUUCUAGAAUCAUGAAACUUACCAAAGCCACUGGUAGGAUGGGUUAGUGCAUUUUUUUGUUUUGUUUUUUCCUACAAUGACACGGAGGCUCAGAGAAGGUGAGGCCAUUCCGUCCCCUGAACCCAGUGUUCGUCCCUGCUAAGGGUGUCCCGGGUACCUCCUCAUACCUUUAACACCUUCGUCACUUACCAUCAGUUGAUUGCACACCUACUCUGUAGCACACACCGAACAAGGUGCUGGGGAUAAAGCGAAGGUGUCCGGAACAGCCCCUAUGGGGGUGUGCGGGCUUCCUGUGACGGUCCUGGUCACAGUGGAGGAGGAGAAAGGGGGAAAGCCUUGGCCUUCCGGGAAGACAUGGUUGUUCCCUGCCUUGUCUGCCAUUCAUACUGUUUAGUAGCCGUGCUGCGGUGUCUGUUCUGGGGGAUCACCUUACGGACACGUUAGUUUCGCCUGACCCCUGCCACCUGUAUUAGGGUUCUCCAGAGAAGCAGAACUGAUAGGGGUGUAGAUGGCUGGCUGGCUGACAAUUAGCACACGCGUAGACAGACAAAUGGAGGAGAUCUACUAUAGGAAUUGGCACGCGCGGUCGUGGAGCCCGAGCCGGGGAGCCCCGGGGAGCCCGAGUCCAAAGGCCUUUGCCCUUUUGCUGUGGCGGGUCCUCAGCGGGUUAGACUGUUCCGUGACCCCCUAGCAUGCCCCUCACUGGGGCCCCGGACACCGCAGAGAAGCUACAGUAGAGAGGCUGUUGCUUGAGUGUCAGUUUCUGGUAACGGUAUAAAGAUAACGGGUAAAUGGAUGAUAAAGUGCCCCAAUUCCCUUUAACAAUACAGGCGUAUGAGGGUAGGAUGGAGCUGACAGAGUGUGAGACUUCAUUUUCCUUUGGCUUCCCCUAACUGUGUUGUAACCUGUCCACUGGCUUUCCCCCUGCCGCCCCCCUAUUUUUCCCUGUGUAAUAAAAAACCAGGAGGGAUUAACCAUGAUGCUGCUUCUUAGCUGGAAGGUGAAAGAAGAUGGAAAACUCUAGGACAACAGGGUCUUCCUAUAAGUUGGUAUUCAUUGGCAUUUUCCGAAAAGAUCUCACUGUUGAUGACACCUCCCACCCUACCUGAAAUCUAUAAUGAUCACUAAAUUCUGUGCUUACUCCCACAUGUCAGGUACUGUGUUCGGUCCUAAGGUCCCAUAAAUGAAUGAAAUGCAGUCCUGUCUUUAAGGAGAGAGACGCAUCUAGGAAAAAGCUAGCAGACACUCGGUGGAGGAUUCCUGAAGGAAUCGAGUGUGUUCAGCACUCCCACAGGAGGUGCAGCUUGGUGUUUUAUUGGUGUGGAAGGCAGAGCCAGAAUGGCGGCCACGGUCAGGAAGAGUGGAGGAAAGCACCCUUUAAUUCUGUCAUUUUUUCUCCUUGUUGACGAAUUAAAAACAGAUGUUCCAGUUGGGGAAAAGAGAGUAGGUUGGGCAAGGGGAACUGAAAGCACAUGAUAUGUUUUAUCAAAUGGAAGCCAUUUGAUAAGUUGUAAUAUUAGGUGUUGAGAAACCUUAAUCAGGUUCUCUUGGAGUUGAUGCGUGAAGUCUGGGAGAAAUGUCUUGCGAUUCAUUAAAACAGUGUUGAAAGCCUAGGCCUCUGAAAGGAAUAGGUCUUGGAAGGGUGCCUCUGACACAAUGCUUAGAGUAUGGCGUUGCAAGGUCAGAUAGAGGGGAUCAUUGUCACUUCCGGUUGAUUUCAUUUGCAGGACCCGAUUUCCAGCAGGCCUCGGUAUAAGCCUCAAAUGGGAGGUAGCCUGGUAUGGUUGCUGAGAAGCCGUUAAGAACUCAGACCGCGGAGUUAGGAAGUUCUAGUUGCUGCAGGUUAACAGUCAACAUUCCUAAGCCUGGGUCUCUCCACGUGUAGCAGUUCAGAUGGUCUGGGCUGCAUUGACAGGAAACGCAGCUCGCAGUGGCCACAGUACAUGGAAGUGUGUUAUCCAGCCUAGGCUGGAGUCCAGAGUGGGGUGGCCAACGAGGUGGCAUAUUUUGAUGUGGCUCCACUUCUCUGCGUGUCCAUCCGCCUCCUCCUCAGUUGUCGUCUCCCUCACAUUUGCAGGAUGGCUGCGGCAGUUCCCAGCACCGGAACCAGGGAGCGUAACGUGGAGGGAAAAGGCACCUUGCCCCCACGUGCAUCUCUCAGAACACGGAGGCCUUUUCCAAGAGGCCCGUCGACAGACCUGUGCUCACAUCUCCUUGGCCAGAACUGUGUCACGUGCCUACACGCAAACAGUCUCCAGGGCAGCAUGUGUGCCCACCGCGCUUGGGAGCUGAGACCCCGUGUUGUUGUACAGGGGAGGGGCUGAUGGCUGACCCAGGCUGGGCUCAGCCAUCGAGGGAGACGGAGAAUGGAAACUGGAUAGGUGACCAGGUCAUCGACUGCAGGACCCCACAGGGUUGGGAGACUGUAUCUAAAUCCGGUCUGUACAAUGCUUAAUAACACGGUGCCUGGCCCAUAGUCACGACUCACCAAAGCUGAGCCGUGGUGAUGGUGAUGAUCGAUAGCAGUGACGGCAAGUGGCGUCACAAAAAUUCCCUGUCCAUUUCUGCAAAGACGCUGUUACUGGCACUUUCUGCCCCAAACAGAUUCUUCCUCACCGCCUCCAGUCUCUGCUUUCACCUUUCUCUGACAUCUCUGUCACCCGAGUCCCAGUUUAUGACAGUCAGCAGGAGACAAUGAUGUGUUAGCAAGAUAACAAGUUCAGCAUCAAUCAGUUUUGAAUUUAGGGCAUCCCCCUUUAUCAUCUCUGUCAGAUGAGUUUCUCAAGUUCUCUGAGCCUCAGUUUAUCGGGCUAUAAAAUGGGGAUACUCAUAUCAGAUCCCCCCCCCCCCAAUAACCAGUGUUUGUGU